GCCCCUUCCUCCUGCGUCCCCGCCGCCGCCGCCUUCUGCUUUUCAGGCCCCUCCGCCACCUCUCCACGACCUAGGCCCUCUGUUCUUGAGAGGAAGCCUUACUCGGGCCCCUGGGCGGGCCCGGCGCGCAGCCAUGGCUGACGGCGGGGGCGGAGGGGGCACCGGCGCGGUGGGCGGCGGCGGCGCGGGCCCGGCCUCGGCGGGGGCGGCGGCGGGCGGCGGCGGGGCCGGCGGGGGCGGCGGCCCCAUCAACCCGGCCUCACUGCCCCCGGGCGACCCGCAGCUCAUCGCGCUCAUCGUAGAGCAACUCAAGAGCCGGGGUCUAUUUGACAGCUUCCGCCGGGACUGCCUGGCCGACGUGGACACCAAGCCAGCUUACCAAAACCUGAGGCAAAAAGUGGAUAAUUUUGUGUCAACACAUCUGGACAAGCAGGAAUGGAAUCCCACGAUGAACAAAAACCAGUUGCGAAAUGGUCUGAGGCAGAGUGUGGUUCAGUCAGGGAUGUUAGAAGCUGGAGUGGACAGAAUUAUUUCCCAGGUGGUGGAUCCCAAACUGAACCACAUCUUCAGACCACAGAUAGAACGAGCAAUUCAUGAGUUCCUGGCAGCCCAGAAAAAAGAAGCCGUGCCAGCACCGCCUCCAGAGCCUGAAAGCCAGGACCCUGCUGCUCCAUCCCAAGACGCUUCCUAAGAAUAUGCCUGACAUGUUUUGGAAGCUUCGUUGAAUUAAUGGUGAAGAACUGGAUUCAGUUACAUAAGAGUACAACUUCAGAAUGAAGACAGGCCAAAGUCCUCACUGAUUUCAGAAUUCAAUGUUGACUGUGGGGCAGUGUCCAGAUAGAAUAGGGAGCAAGUGGGGCUAUAGAAAAGCUGACCAUGUGAGCCCCCAUAUUGUGCUGCCAUCCAGCUAGCCUGUCCAGGGUGGUGACACCCAGUAGACACUACAGACAUAUUAAGAAACACUACAUCACUUUGGGGUUUGUCCUGAAGCGAACCUUUGUACUUGAACUUAGAGACUGUGUAUGGAUUUUAGGGUUUGUGCUUGAGGCUAAUCAGAAGCUACAGUGAAGGAACAUAACCAGCCCUAAAGAUGCAGUUUCAAAGAAUUGACAGUAAAGGUUAGCCAGGGGUGGUAGGGUUUUAACAAUGCUUAGUUGAUACUAUCAGUUUCUGAGAGUUGCAAAUCAGAGUUUACAAGCCACUAGCAUCAGAUAGCUGUAAGGUCGCUGUGACCCUCUUGUAGGUGACUCUUUUUAGCUUCCGUUUCCUUUGCCCUGAAAGAGGUGUGAAAACACGGGAGCCUGGAAUGCCUGCGAAGAUGCAGACUUAAGUGUAAGGAAAGACAUGUGCAGGCUCUCUAUCCAGGGCUUCGUCCUGUCCUGCAAGGGCUAGUGAGUGGGGUUUGUUUAUUUUAUUCUCAUGUUUGUGUUUUUUUAGAAAGUGAAUAAAGGGACUUGAGUUUUGUAAUUAGAUCAUUUGAUACUCUGAAACUUCAGCUAACUCUUAGACCCCAGGUAUGGAGCAUAACCUUUCUCCUCCGUCUGUGUGCCAUUCCUGUGCAAACACAUGACUUGGUGGCAGUGAAGGGCUGGUGGACACAUCUUGGAACUACCAUCAUCCUGCAGCUGGCGGGUAUACCUAGAAGCGGUCCUCUCUUCCCCGGACCAUUGCCAGUCCUCCUCUUUAGUUGAGGGCCGUGUUCUUGUUCCUGAACUUGCAGAAGUGUCACCAGGGGAUUUUAAACAACAUGCAAAGUCUGAUUCAGAAGUUCAGAAAGACCUGAAAGUUUCUGACAAGUUCCAAGUGAUGCUUCCACUGCUGACCCAAGUCAUUUUGCAUCCCAAGCUUUGGAUGAUAUCAAAAUUUACUUCAAACUAAGAGUCUUUGGUCCUUAGUUGAGCCUUCUGGAUAUUGUUACUCAGACUUGAACCUGUUCCACCUUUACCAUCAAUAACAAGUUAGGACUGCACUUCUGUGUUUAGCAGGAUGUUCGGGCAGCAUAUGCCCUUUAAAGCAAGCUGAGCACAUGUUUAGAGCAGGUGGCAGUUACUUCUGCAGUGUGUUCUGCUUCCAGGUAGAGCAGGUUGCUGCCUUUUUCAGUCUAGGAUUCAACAACCAGGUCCUCAGUGCCCAGAGACGAGCCCCUCCAGUCAGUCCUCUGCACUAAGAGGCAGAUAAGGAAGGACUGCAGGCCUGUGCGCUGCAAGGAGGCCUCUCAGACUCGGACCCCGCUGGUCAGGACCACGGACCUCCUUCCCAGGGAGGCCUCUGCUCCAGAAGGGUGGUCUCAACAGAGCCCCUCUCAACCCCGCCAACAUUCUGCCCGUCCACCACUGGCCUCAACCAGCUGACCGGGCAGUAUGAGCAACCCAGAGAAGCUUCUUCCUCUCUCCCCAGAUUUGCAAGUGACUGUGUUGUGCAUCUUUUUGGCAGACGGUUUUGGUCCAUCUCAGUUCUCUUUUUUCCAUUGUUAUAGAAGGAUGUACCAGUUAAUGAGAAAUACCCUGAUUUUCACAGAAUGUUAAAUAUGCCAAGAUACCAAGGAGAUUUUUUUAUUUAAAUCAUUGUUAUAUCCACAAAGAGUCACCAUUGACUAGAGGGAAUUUUUUCAAAUGAAAUCAUCAGAUUACAGAAGUACCUAGACACAUUACUACUGUUGGGAGAGAAGGCUGAUUUUGACUUAGCUGAGCCAAAUUGAAAUGGAAGUAGUUCCCAUAUUCCCUUGAGUAAACGUAGUUAAGUGGGCAGCCAGGGAAAAUGAGAGCAAACGGCACUCGGGGCUGAGACGUCCACCUCCCUCAAGAACUGGUCACCUGCUAAGCCUUUUUUCAUUCUCACUGGAGUCAUGUUGAGUAUUAGGCUUGCAGAGCCUAGAAAAAUGAUCUGAGAAAAAGUGAAAUUCCUCCCUGAUGAAGAUGAGGCCACCAAAAGCAUCUCACCCCUAAGCACCCUUGCUCCAGCAAGCUCCUAAAUAAGAAACUACCUGUCUCAGACCUCAAGUCGUCUUUCUCUGUAGUUGGAAAACCCACUAACAUUUGCAAAAGCCUCAUGAAGCACAGAACUAAGCUCUGUAAGACAUCAACAAACACCAGCCUUUAAAAACCAUCCAAGCCUUGGAGUCGUGAUGAUAUGAAGAACCCCAUGCUCAUGUUUGCGGUUCAGUUGUUUGACAUGGGGCAGCAUCUCCCAUUGUGACUAGAGACUGCUGCCCCCAGCAGCUUUCCAGUUACUGCCUAAGCACUUCAGUGGCAUCACCAAACCACCAUGUCCACCCAGUCGUGACUAUAACCCUUGGCUUAUAGUGAAGUUUGUGGCUCCUAGAUCAAGAUUUUCAAGCAUUGUUUUAUUUCUGUCAUUUAACCUUGGCUUCUAUUUACUCAACUGGGGAUGUAGGGGAUCCCAUGCAUUUUGUAACACUCACUAGUAGUGUGGAGUGAAUAAAUACCAGCAGAUUCCUUACAGCAAUACUUCUGAAAGCAUAACCACCCAGCCACCAGCAGGAAGCAUCAGCAUCUCCUGUGAUUGUUAGAAAUGCAGCCCUGACCCCAGAUCUACCGAUUCAGAGACUUAUUGGGAGGGAGGGGGCAGGGGGAUUGGCAGGCAAGCCUUUCAUACAAUUCUGAUGCACACUAAAAAUCAUUUCCACUUUAGGAGACCUUUUUGGAAAGUUGGCAAUGCUGACUGGUAAUGACAGUUUAAUUAUAUUAGUGGGUACACAUAGCACCUACAUAGUGGGUGAAAUGUGUCUCUUGUUCCUAAGGAGCAAAACUUUCUCUCUGACUAAUUCUGCCAUCAGUCCCUUGCAAGAACUGUGCAUUUGGCCUUUUUGGCUUAGGAAUGUCUGCAUGUAAUUUAAGCUCCCAAGCUUUCAAAAGCUUUAAGCCAUCUUCCGAAGAUGAGUUUGCCACAGUCCAUGGGGUCACAAAGAGUUGGACAUGUCUGAGUGAUGAACAACAAAAACAACAGAAUUUUACCAGGAACUCUGCAGAAAAGCCUUCAGUGGCUCCUCAAGAUAGAGAUGUCUGUAGAGACCCAGCAAAGGUCAGGGCCUGGCUUGUGCCUGAGGCUGGCACCAAGGUUCAGGCUUGGAAAUUGCGCCUGGAUUAGUACUGGCAGGAGGCCAGGCCCUGCCUCCCUUGGCUGCGUGAAGGCUGCUGAAGAGGGGGUGGGAAGCAGACAGGAAAGCUGGCACAGCCGAGCUUUCUUUGGCGCUGUGCAUUGCACCCUGUCCAUCACCUUACCCAUGGAGAAGCCGGGAGGUCAGCUUUUAUGGUCUGGCCCCUGGGGACAGGCUCAGCUCCAAGGCCGUGCAGUAAUAAUGACCCAUCCUCUCAAAGUAGUAACGCUGCCAGAGACUUAGCCAGUCUUUCUGACUCCAGUCUCCCAGCUGCCGUUUGGCCAUCCUUCCCAAAAUGUUGCUUUCAUCAAGUAUCCUCACUCCCAAACCUUUGAAAGUAAGAAUAAGUGAACUAGUUGCCUACCAGAUGGCAGACAUUUCCUUAGACACAACUUCAUUUAAUCCUCACAAGCCUGUUAUGUAGGGUCUAUCCUGACUUAUGGAUGAGAAAACCAAGACUCAGAGAGGUGAAGCAUCUUACUAUUAAGUAGGGAACUAUUAAGUAUGGAAGCAAGGUUUGAACCCAAGCCUCUGUGAAUUCAAAGCCUGUAUUUUCCCAUCCCCCUCACCCUUUGCUACUCUGCCUCCCUGUCAAUAGAACAAGUUCAAAUUUGUCAGUGCUCCAGGAUCCACCCUUCAUUCCAAAGGUAGCCCCAAAUCGAGUCAGCUUGACGUCUCAACACAAGCCCUUAGUUUCUCGCCCGCGUUUGCCCCUUGCACGUCGCAGGGCAGAGUUCGCAAACUGCCAGGCCGCUCUGCUGCACCUCGAACCACGUCUUUCGGCCAAGGAGUUACGACUGUUGUCUCUUAUUUUGUUUUCAACUAUUUAUACCAAUAUUUCCAAAUGGUGAGAUUCCAUAUAGAUCUGUAUAUCUGACUCCUAAAGGAGAAGGUCAAGGUUCAGAAAUGCUUUUGUGUCCCACGGACAACAAUCAGCCCGUUGUGAUGGCAGCUGACCGUUUCAGAUGGCAGGUGGGACGUGCAGGAGCCACUGGCUGGCCUCACCUGUUUCCAUCCCCUUACUGGGCCCUGAGGACACGAGAGCUGGACAUACUUCCCCCAGAGGGUCAUCACCUUAUGAUUAAAUUAUCCAAAAACAUCUCUUUAGCUAUCUUCUAGAAUUUAAUUUUUCAUAAGAGACCAGGUGGUUAAGUUACGUGAGUUGGGCUCUAGAAUUCUCAAGAUGGGAAGCAGGCUGAGGUUCCCUCACAUCCCCUUCUGGGCACCCACAUAGGACCACUCGAGGCGGUGAGGGUGACAGCAGAGACAGCAGGGAGAGGUGGGUGCAGGUAUGAGGAGGCACCAGCACCCGGCUUCUCAGAAGCCUCUCAGAGAUGCCCGAGUGGCAGUGUCCCCGAGGCCAAGACAAAGGGAGGUCUGUCUGUAGUUAACCUGCAUAUGGACAUGGAACAACAGACUGGUUCCAAAUAGGAAAAGGAGUACGUCAAGGCUGUGUAUUAUCACCCUGCUUAUUUAACUUACAUGCAGAGUACCUCAUGAGAAACGCUGGGCUGGAGGAACCACAAGCUGGAAUCAAGAUUGCCAGGAGAAAUAUCAAUAACCUCAGAUAUGCAGAUGACACCACCCUUAUGGCAGAAAGUGAACUAAAGAGCCUCUUGAUGAAAGUGAAAGAGGAGAGUGAAAAAGUUGGCUUAAAGCUCAACAUUCAGAAAACUAAGAUCAUGGCAUCUGGUCCCAUCACUUCAUGGCAGAUAGAUGGGGAAACAGUGGAAACAGUGUCAGACUUUAUUUUGAGGGUCUCCAAGAUCACUGCAGAUGGUGAUUGCAGCCAUGAAAUUAAAAGAUACUUGGCUCCUUGCACGGAAAGUUAGGACAGCAUAUUCAAAAGCAGAGACGUUACUUCAACAAAUGUCCCUCUAGUCAAGGCUAUGGUUUUUCCAGUGGUCAUGUAUGGGUGUGAGAGUUGGACUAUAAAAAACGCUGAGCACUGAAGAAUUGAUGCUUUUGAACUGUGGUGUUGGAGAAGACUCUUGAGAAUCCCUUGGACUGCAAGGAGAUCCAACCAGUCCAUCCUAAAGGAGAUGUUCAUUGGAAGGACUGAUGUUGAAGCUGAAACUCCAAUACUUUGGCCACCUAAUGCAGAGAGCUGACUCAUUUGCAAAGACCCUAAUGCUGGGAAAAAUUGGAGGCCAAAAGAGAAGUGGACAACAGAGGAUGAGAUGGUUGGAUGGCAUCACUGACUCAAUGGACAUGAGUUUGAGCAAACUCCGAGAGUUGGUGAUGGACAGGGAGGCCUGGCGUGCUGCAGUCCAUGGGCUUGCAAAGUAUCGGACAUGACUGAGAGACUGAACUGAACUGAAUCUGUGUAUGCAGCUUAAUGUUUUGUAAAUGAGGGUGAAGGGUAGCAAAAAUGCCACCCCAAACUAUGACUGCAGGCGUUGAGGAUGUGCCAUCACAAAAUAGGCUGCUUUGUACAUUAUUUUGAGUUGUUGGCACCUGAACAGCAAAUGCAGGGAGAUCCUUUUUCUGAACUCCUUUUAUCUGCCUCAAGACAGAUCUUCCCAAAGGAACUCAGUUGUCACAGAGGCCCCUCUUUGGUGACUAGAUGGAUUGAUCCAGCUAUUUAUUUCUCUCAUUUAUUUAAAGCAACAACGCCUGUAUGUGGGAAGACAUCCCAAGGGUACAAAUGGGUUUAACAGGAGAAGUUUCCCACCGUGUCCCUUAGGGACCCCAGAGACCAUCACUGUUACCUGAGUCUAUGCAGAUCCCUCCAGAGAUGAUCUGUGCGUAUAUAAGCAUGUCUUUAUAUGCUUAUGUGAGGUUUUCAUAUCUUUAACUGGGACACACCCUACCUCUCUAACUGUCCACAGAAGAAGUUCCUAGAAAGGGGAAGAGAGCUGGCUGGGUGCUGAGUAGUCAGCAAGUUCUUGGAAGUGGGAGGAGGGGGCGUUGGGGAAAAUGGCAGCCACCCCGAAGAGCUGUGAAGUUGAUGCAAUCAUGUGGAAGGAUCAGAAUAAGGAGGUGCCCUGUUUUGAGAACCCGCUAUGUGCUGCCCACUACAGCCACGACAUGCAGGGCUUCCGUGCAGGGUCUCUGACUCUGCAGUAUGAAGACAGUGCCCUUGUCCCCAGCAACAAAGAAAGAGACAAGCACUCACCUGAGAUUUCAGGGACAAGUGUCAGAGCUGAGAAGUUGUUCGCCUUCAAAGCCUGACUUUUUCUCCUCCAGUUUCUUAUAUGGUGGGAAAAUAGGCAAACCAUGAAAUUUACCAUCUCAACCAUUCGUUCAAUGACAGUAUGUACCUGCAUCUUGUUCUGCAAACAUCGCCACCAUCCACCUCCAGAAUUUUUACCUUCCCCACCUGAAACUCUAUGUUCUUUAAACAGUAACUCCCCACUCCCCCUGCCCCCAGCCUCUGGCACCCACCAUUCUACUUUGUCUCUGCAUUGGACUGCUCUAAGAACUUCAUAUAAGUGCAAUCAUACAGUAUUUGUCCUACUGUGACUGACAUUUCACCUAGCAUAAUGUCAUUAAAGUUCUUCUAGGCUGUAGCAUGUGUCAGAAUUUCCAUGCUUUUUAAGGCUGUGCAAUAUUCCAUACAACCAUAAUAUUCCUUUCAACCACAGCACUGAACAAACAUGCCUCUCAGUAGAUGUUUAACAACUUUUUUGAAAAAACUCUUUCCUUUUCCUUUGAAAUGAUUUCAAACUUAUGGAAAAGUUGUAAGAAUAGUACGAACAACUUUUUCCUGAACCACUUGAGAGAGGUUGUUGACCUGAUGUCCCAUCUCCCCCAAAUACUUCAGCAUGUAAUUCCUACAAAUAAGGACAGUGUACGACAAAGCCACAGUAAGAGCAACAGAAAAUUAACAUUAAUACAAUACUACCAUUAACCCACAGGCCUGUUUUGCCAACUGUCCUGAUGAGAGGAAGGAUUCGGUUUAGAGUCAAACACUACCUUUAGUUGUCACACCUCCUUUGAUUCCUUCAAUCUGGAAUAGUUCUUUUUAAAGACAAUGGGUCAGACCUUUUGUAGAAUAGUCCUUGGGUUUGUCCGACGAUACCUUGUGGUUAGAUUCAGAUUCUGCAUCUUGAGCAGAGACGUUACAGAAGUGAAGCUGUGUUCUUUCCACAGCAUCCUAUCAGGUGCAUGAUUUAGACUCGUCCUUUGCUGGUGACUUCCCUGGUGGCUCAGACAAUAAAGCGUCUGUCUACAAUGCAGGAGACCCAGGUUCAAUCCCUGGGUCGGGAAGAUCCCCUGAAGAAGGAAAUGGCAAUCCACUCUAGUAGUAUUGCCUGGAAAAUCCCAUGGACAGAGGAGCCUGGUAGGCUACAGUCCCUGGGGUCACAAAGAGUCGGACACGACUGAGCGACUGAGCGACUUCAGUUUUGCUGGCAAUGUUCACUUUGAUCGCUUGAUUAAAGAUGUGUCUUUCAGA